AGUAGGUCUAACGAUAUCAUACUAAAGAACAGAAGAAUACUGACAGAUGGGAAAUGUCAUUUAUGAUAAGGACUAUGUAACGUGUAAUUUUUAAUGUAAAUUGAUAAUAUUACUUUAUAUAAUAAAAUUACGAUUAAUUACAAAUUUUAAACCCUUUGAUGCCAUUAUGUAGAUUUCAUGCAAGUAUCCCAAAGAUUGUAGGACAUUCCAGAAUAAAAUAAAAAGUCAUAAGAAUCGGCUUAAAGUUUAUAUAGAAAUAAUAUUAAUCAAAAUGUCGUGUUCUGCUAUAUAUAUUUUAGAUGUUAAAGGAAAAGUUCUCAUUUCUAGAAAUUACAGAGGCGAUAUUGAUCUGGGAGUUAUCGAAAAAUUCAUGCCCUUGUUGAUGGAAAAAGAGGAAGAAGGGCUCGUAACUCCAAUUUUACAAAUUGCUGAAUGUACUUUUUCUUACAUCAAGACUAACAAUCUUUACAUAGUAAGUACUACAAAGAAAAAUGGGAACAUAGCUCUCGUAUUUGUAUUUUUACAUAAAAUUGUCCAAGUUAUGACUGAAUAUUUCAAAGAACUCGAAGAAGAAAGUAUAAGGGAUAAUUUCGUUGUGAUCUAUGAGCUUUUGGAUGAGCUUCUUGAUUUUGGCUACCCUCAAACCACUGACAGCAAAAUUCUUCAAGAAUAUAUCACACAAGAGGGCCAUAAGCUAGAAAUACAACCCAGAAUUCCUGUUGCUGUAACAAAUGCAGUAUCGUGGCGUUCUGAAGGGAUCAAGUAUAGAAAAAAUGAAGUAUUUUUAGAUGUAAUAGAAUCUGUAAACUUAUUAGCAAGUGCUAAUGGCAACGUUCUUAGAAGUGAAAUAGUGGGGGCUAUCAAAAUGAGAGUAUAUCUUUCUGGAAUGCCUGAAUUGAGACUAGGGCUUAAUGACAAAGUAUUAUUCGAAAGUACGGGGAGAGGGAAAUCUAAAUCUGUGGAGUUGGAAGAUGUUAAAUUUCACCAGUGUGUUAGAUUAUCUAGAUUUGAAAUUGACAGAACUAUCUCAUUUAUUCCUCCUGAUGGUGAAUUUGAAUUAAUGUCGUACCGUUUGAAUACACAUGUUAAACCUCUAAUUUGGAUUGAAUCUGUUAUAGAACGGCAUGCACAUAGUAGAGUUGAAUACAUGAUUAAGGCUAGAUCACAAUUUAAGAGGCGAUCUACUGCAAAUAAUGUUGAAAUAAUCAUUCCAGUGCCUCACGAUGCCGACUCUCCUAAAUUCAAAACAACUAUUGGUAGUGUAAAAUAUGCUCCUGAACAAAAUGCUAUUACUUGGAGCAUUAAAUCAUUUCCAGGAGGCAAGGAAUAUCUAAUGAGAGCUCAUUUUGGACUUCCCAGUGUUGAAUGUGAAGAUACGGAAGGAAAACCACCAAUACAAGUUAAGUUUGAAAUUCCUUAUUUCACCACUUCAGGUAUACAAGUGAGAUACUUGAAGAUUAUUGAAAAAAGUGGAUACCAAGCUUUACCUUGGGUGAGAUACAUUACACAAAAUGGAGACUAUCAACUGCGUACUAACUAAACAUGUCCAAUUUUUUUAUGUAGAAAUAAUACUUUAUACGUCAACCUUCAAAUGUGGUAUUGUAUAACAUAUGAGGUAUGGUCAGAUAGCUUCCAACCCAGAUAUAUUGUUAAUGAUGAUAAAUGAUUGCAAUCAAUGUAUUAAACUUUAUUUUCUUUACUUUACUUCUAAUCUACUAAGUUUUACAUAUGAAACUGUUUAGUGCUCCUUACAAAUGAAAUGGCCCGUUUAAUACAAAACUAAUUUCCUUUUGUAGAGUCACACAAUUGUUUCCUGAAUGUCCUGUUUUAAUUUUCUUGUGAAUUUAUUCUUUAAAUUCUUUUUUCACACAUUUUGCUAAAUUUCUUUUGGGAUUGCAAGUCCUAAAUUGGAGUUUCUUUAACUGUUGGAGAUAUUCAUUCUGUUUACAUUACUUAAAUACUCACAAUUUACAUUGUCUAAAGCGGGUUUCGAUACGAACUUAUCGUCUUCAGAGACUGAAAUUUUGUGAAUAGACAUGGAUAUUUAUAAAAAUAAUCAAAUUAAAAAGUUUCAAAUUUCAAGCGCCAAAUUCAAAAUAUAACAAAAUAUAGAAGGCUCUAAAAUGAAUAUUAGAUAUUACGAGGGCUGUUUUUUUUUUCAACCAACGAUUGCUUCAUGACAACGCUACACGGGCAGAAGAAAGAGGGCAUGCACUGUAGCUGACUGCAAAGCUCUCGCACUACACUCUUUUUCUACAGACUGAAGGGCAUAGUGCUACAGAAAUCCAUCGGAGAAUGAGUCGUGUGUAUGGGGGAAACUUCAUGAGUGAUGGGCAUGAUGAAGGGGACCAAGGACGCAAAUCUGUCCUUUCAGAUGACUUUAUUCAACGAGUUGACAAAAUGUUUAAAGAAAAUAGCAAAUUCACCAUUACUGCUUUGUCGACAGAAUUUCCAGAAGUUUCAAGGUCUGUUUUGUUGUCUAUUGUACUUCAUUUCUGAAAUGACUGUUAUUUUUCUUAUAAAGUAAUUCAUCCAAUACUUCGAUAGAUUCACAACAUAUUCUUGUAAAAGUGACUUUAGUCAUGGAAGAAAUAACAGAAAAAGUCAGUCAUUCAAUACUUUGUGUAAUUUACAUACAAUCAUUUGUAAAAAAUUGGGCUUGAGUGAAAUGAAAUGUCCAACCAGCUCAUAUCUGAACCUCACUGUACCACAGAGGGUAAAAUUUUUCCUAUCUUCUACAGAAGCACUAUUGUAACAAAUCUUAAAAGAUAUUUUAUUAAAAUAUAAACAAUAAGUAUUGUAUUUUAAAUUUGUAAAAUAUAAAAGGCUUUUCUUUUUAGUUGUGUUUUAUUGUAUGAUUACAGUGAUUUACUAAAGUUAACAAAUUAUUUACAAAUAAAUAACAAAAAAUACAGUAUUAAGGAUGAUAAAAAAUAUGGACGCCUCGUAGAGUCGAUAGCAUGAAGCGUUACACUUUGGAAGUCUUUGUCUCCAUGAUUAUUAUAAAAGAGCUGUUUUAAUAUCAAUGUAUAAAACUUCACAAACCCUCGUCAGCACAAUAACUAAAUCAAACUUUUAAACACAGUAAGAAUUAUUUAUUUUAACAAAAAUAAUAUUUAAACAUAACCUGCGGGGAUUUUUGCAAAACUUUCAACCACUUUAUCAUUAAAAUUAUUUAGGUUUUUAUUUAUUAUAACUCUGUGUAUACUCAUCAUGGCCAGACCGUUAAGGCGAUCUUCUGUCAUGGUGAUUCUGAGGCUGCUAAAGGCUCGCUCUACUGUACAGGUCGUACAUGGUAAAGCGAUUAAAAUUUUUAAUGCUUUUUCCGUUUCGGGAAAAAAGGAAUUUGUUUCUUUUAUGACAUCAACAACUGUUUUCUUUGUAAAAUCGUCGGUAAAAUAUAGUCUACAACACGUGCAGACACUGGGUAUAACAUCUGAAUAAUAACUAUUAAGCAUUGAAAUAUACAAUUGAAUAAAAAACUUUAAACAGAGUAAUUAAGGAUGAAAAUAAAAUGAUUAAAGGUUUUCCUGGGUUGAUUUGUAAGUUUGGAUUUCCGCCGAAAACAAAGCGUCGUUAGGAAACUGAUCAAAAACUAUUUCUGGGUUAAGGUCUGAGUAGACCUGAUUGGUCGAAUGUAAACAAUCAG